AGCAUUAAUAUAAAGUUUAUCAUUUGUUUAUUGAUCAGAAAAGCUUAAUUUAAAAAAAUGGUAGAUGCUUUCUGUGGCACAUGGAAACUGCUCAGCAGUGACAACUUUGAUGAGUAUAUGAAAGCUCUAGGUGUUGGGUUUGCAACCAGACAAGUUGGAAAUGUGACUAAACCGAUGCUCAUCAUCUCGAAAGAGGGAGAAAAAGUUGUCCUAAAAACACAGAGUACUUUCAAGAACACUGAGAUCUCGUUCACAUUGGGAGAGGAGUUUGAUGAGACCACCGUAGAUGACCGACACUGUAAAUCCACUGUGGUAAUGGAUGGAGACCAGCUUGUUCAUGUGCAGAAGUGGGAUGGAAAAGAGACCACCCAUGUCCGGGAGAUCAAAGACGGGAAGAUGGUGAUUAAACUCACCUUUGGGGACGUGGUGGCUGUGCGUACCUAUGAAAAAGCAUAAGUUUUGGGAAUAUUAAGAGGAUUUGCCCUUCU